AUGAAAUUGUGGUGCCUUGUGUGGACUUUCAAGUUGGCGGCGCUCCACGAUCGAACGCACGUAAGCUCAAACAAUCGCCGCGGCUUCUCCGCAUCCUUAAACAUAAAAGAUGGACCCUUACUCGAGGGCAGAGACGAAUCGUGGCCUUCUGAUGUGCAAUCAUUGUGCAACUUGCUACUUCAGAGUAGAGUGCUCCCGUCUUGGGUGGAGACCGGACCGCACCCUCCCAUCAAUCCUCUGGUUCAACCGUUGCUAGACGAAUUGCGCAAUCCAGAUCAUGGCAGCGGUAAAUCAAUGGACAUGAUCAUUGGAGCAGACGCGACGCUGGAGACCCAGUUCAGAAGGAUGUUCGGCACUACGCUAAGCGACUGCUUCAGACUGAGGAACAUCGUUGCCACCGAGAAUGUUUCCGGUAAUGUUGACUCAAAAGAGUCAUUUCUCUUGGUUGCAGUCCGCAAUGCGAUGUCUCCUGAUACUCCAGAUUUAGUGAUCAGUGAAGGAGCUAAGGUCGCAUUACCUCGCCUGUCCAACACCCGUCUGAGUCCACUAUUUGGAUAUAUUGCUAAUGACAUCCGAGCCCCCUUGCUGAUGUCAGUUGUCACGGAGUUGUCAGAACCACAACAUGACAGUGAAACGAUCGAUGAGUUGGACGAGUCAUCUACGGUCGCGGAGCCGAGUAUAGCACAAUCUCUUCGGAGUGCAUCUCAUCCCGAGUCACUGGAAGAACAAUCACAUCAUGCCACCUCAGUUCAACCAAACGAGCCUAACGACGAAUCAUCAGGUCCAAACACUGUUAGGUCAUUACGUUCGUCAAAUUUAUGCUUCUUUUUGGCGUGGACAACAGUCUAG